UUCGGCUCUCGUCUCUUUUCCGGUACAGGCGGCCGUCAGAUUCAGGACAGCGACUACGAGAUCAUCGUCGUCGAUGAGAACAAUCCGUCGGUGCUCGCGGACAACGACUCGCACUCGAGCGGGCCGCCCUCCAUCAAGAGCGUGGACUCGGAUGUGGUGUCGCUGAACAUGAACUCGACGGAGAACGAGGUGCCCGAGGUGGAGUCCUCCAGCGACAUUUUGGCCGACGAUCACAAGCCGAGCAACUCGAACGACGAGAGCUGGACCGAUGUGAAUCUGAAUGAGGACGCCGCCGUGCAGGCAGCGGCCAGUGCUGGACUCGUUGCCGGCCUGGUGGAUGCCAGCGACAGCGGCAAGCAUGACCAGCACCAGCAGCACCAGCACCAGCAGCACCAGCAGCAGCAACAGCAGCAGCAGCAGCAACAGCAGCAACAGGGCGUCUCACGACUGGGCAUGGUCGUGGGCAGUGAGCGCGGCGAUAAGCCCGACUCGGAGAUAUCGGUGGUGCGUGUGCCGGACGGCUAUGGUGUGGGUGGUGCUGGCAUUGCCGCUGGCGGUGCUGGUGGUGCGAACACCGUGCCCGGCGCACAGGCUCAGCAGCAGCAGCAGCAGCGCACGCGACCCGAUGAGCUGCCCAUGAAGCCGCCGGCGCUGGUUGCCCAGCUGCCGCUGACGACGCCGUCGCGCGAGGCCAGCCUUACGCAGAAGCUGGAGAUAGCCCUGGGUCCAGUGUGUCCGCUGCUGCGCGAAAUCAUGGUGGACUUUGCGCCGUUCCUCUCCAAGACGCUGGUCGGCUCGCACGGUCAGGAGCUGCUGAUGGAGGGCAAGGGUCUGACCACGUUCAAGAACUCGCACUCUGUCGUCGAGCUGGUCAUGCUGCUCUGCUCGCAGGAGUGGCAGAACAGCCUGCAGAAGCACGCCGGCCUCGCCUUCAUCGAGCUGAUCAACGAGGGCCGGCUGCUCUCGCACGCCAUGAAGGAUCACAUUGUGCGCGUGGCCAACGAGGCUGAGUUCAUACUGAACCGCAUGCGCGCCGACGACGUGCUCAAGCACGCCGACUUCGAGUCGCAGUGCGCCCAGACGCUGCUCGAGCGGCGCGAGGAGGAGCGCAUGUGCGACCACCUGAUCACAGCCGCACGCCGUCGCGACAAUGUCAUCGCCAGCCGACUCCUGGAGAAGGUGCGCAACAUAAUGUGCAAUCGUCAUGGCGCCUGGGGCGAUGCCAACGGCAUUGGCUCCAUCACCAGCUCGCUGACGGCGACCGUGGGCCCGCUGGCGAAGACCACCUACUGGAAGCUGGACGCCUGGGAGGACGACGCACGUCGUCGCAAGCGCAUGGUGCAGAACCCGCGCGGCUCCUCGCAUCCGCAGGCCACGCUGAAGGCGGCGCUGGAGAACGGCGCACCGGAGGACGCCAUUCUGCAGACACGGGACGAGUUCCACACACAGAUUGCGGUGUCCCGGGCGCACCCCUCGUCGCAGCACAACAGCGAGCUGCUGGACGACGCCGAGCUGCUGAUCGAGGAUCGUGAGCUCGAUCUGGAUCUGACCGGGCCCGUCAACAUCAGCACCAAGGCGCGCCUGAUAGCACCGGGCCUGGUAGCGCCCGGCACCGUCUCGAUCACCAGCACCGAGAUGUUCUUCGAGGUGGACGAGGAUCACCCGGAGUUCCACAAGAUCGACGCCGAGGUGCUCAAGUACUGCGACCAUCUCCACGGCAAGUGGUACUUCUCCGAGGUGCGGGCCAUCUUCUCGCGCCGCUACCUGCUGCAGAACGUGGCGCUGGAGAUCUUCCUGGCCAGCCGCACCUCCAUCCUGUUCGCCUUUCCCGACCAGCACACCGUCAAGAAGGUGAUCAAGGCGCUGCCGCGCGUCGGCGUCGGCAUCAAGUACGGCAUACCGCAGACUCGGCGCGCCUCGAUGAUGUCGCCGCGCCAGCUGAUGCGCAACUCGAACAUGACACAGAAAUGGCAGCGGCGCGAGAUCUCCAACUUUGAGUACUUGAUGUUCCUCAACACGAUCGCCGGCCGCACGUACAACGAUCUGAACCAGUAUCCGAUCUUUCCCUGGGUGCUCACCAACUACGACUCCAAGGAUCUGGACCUCAGCCUGCCCUCCAACUACCGGGAUCUGUCGAAGCCGAUUGGCGCCCUGAAUCCGUCGCGUCGCGCCUACUUCGAGGAGCGCUACGAGAGCUGGGACAGCGACACGAUUCCGCCAUUCCACUAUGGCACGCACUACUCGACCGCCGCAUUCACUCUCAACUGGCUGGUGCGCGUGGAGCCGUUCACGUCCAUGUUCCUGGCACUGCAGGGCGGCAAAUUCGACUAUCCGGAUCGAUUGUUCUCGUCCGUGUCGCUCAGCUGGAAGAACUGCCAGCGCGAUACGUCCGAUGUGAAGGAGCUGAUACCCGAGUGGUAUUUCCUGCCGGAGAUGUUCUACAAUGCGUCCGGCUAUCGGCUGGGCCAUCGUGAGGACGGCGCCCUGGUGGACGACAUCGAGCUACCCCCCUGGGCCAAGACGCCCGAGGAGUUUGUGCGCAUCAAUCGCAUGGCUCUCGAAUCGGAGUUCGUGUCCUGCCAGCUGCACCAGUGGAUCGAUCUGAUAUUCGGCUACAAGCAGCGCGGACCCGAGGCGAUCCGGGCCACCAACGUGUUCUACUAUCUCACCUACGAGGGCAGCGUCGAUCUGGACGGCGUGCUCGAUCCGGUGAUGCGCGAGGCAGUCGAGAAUCAAAUACGCAACUUUGGCCAAACGCCCAGCCAGCUGCUGAUGGAGCCGCAUCCACCGCGCAGCUCGGCCAUGCACCUGUCGCCCAUGAUGUUCAGUGCCAUGCCCGAGGACCUGUGCCAGAUGCUCAAGUUCUAUCAGAAUUCGCCCAUCAUUCACAUCUCGGCCAACACGUAUCCGCAGCUGUCGCUGCCGUCCGUCGUCACGGUGACCGCUGGCCAUCAGUUUGCGGUGAAUCGCUGGAACUGCAACUACACCGCAUCCGUCCAGAGUCCAAGCUAUGCCGAGUCGCCGCAAUCGCCGGGCUCCAAUCAGCCGCUGACCAUUGAUCCAGUGCUGACUGUGCAUGGCACCAACAACAAUAGCCACGCGGUCAGCCGUCGCCAUUUGGGCGACAACUUUAGCCAAAUGCUUAAGAUCCGCUCGAACUGCUUUGUGACCACCGUGGACAGUCGCUUCCUCAUUGCCUGCGGCUUCUGGGACAACAGUUUUCGAGUGUUUGCAACCGAGACAGCGAAAAUCGUGCAAAUCGUCUUUGGGCACUUCGGCGUCGUCACGUGCAUGGCACGCAGCGAGUGCAACAUUACGUCCGACUGCUACAUAGCGUCCGGCUCGGCGGACUGCACCGUGCUGCUCUGGCACUGGAAUGCCCGUACCCAGAGCAUUGUCGGCGAGGGCGACGUGCCCACGCCUCGUGCCACGCUCACGGGUCACGAGCAGGCAGUCACCUCGGUGGUCAUCAGCGCUGAGCUCGGCCUGGUGGUAUCCGGUUCAACGAAUGGUCCCGUUUUGAUACACACAACAUUUGGUGACUUGCUGCGCUCGCUGGACCCGCCCGUGGACUUCCACUCGCCAGAGCUGAUAACCAUGUCGCGCGAGGGCUUCAUAGUCAUCAACUAUGACAAGGGCAACGUCGCGGCCUACACCAUCAAUGGCAAGAAGCUGCGCCACGAGACACACAACGACAAUCUGCAGUGCAUGCUGCUCUCGCGCGAUGGCGAGUAUCUGAUGACCGCCGGAGAUCGCGGCAUUGUCGAGGUGUGGCGCACCUUCAACCUGGCGCCGCUCUAUGCCUUCCCCGCCUGCAAUGCGGGCAUACGCUCGCUGGCUCUCACUCAUGAUCAGAAAUAUUUGCUCGCUGGCCUGUCAACUGGUUCCAUCAUUGUGUUCCACAUUGACUUCAAUCGCUGGCAUCAUGAGUAUCAGCAGCGCUACUAAGCCACGCCCACAGAGCCCCUCAGACCCGCAAGAACAGCUGAAUCAAAAGGAAACCGAAAUGGAUAUGGAAAUGAAAAUGAAAGUGAAAAUGAAGAUGAAAAUGAAGAGAGCUAGCGUGCUUGGGCAGGCAAGUGAAGUGUGGGUGGAAAGAGAACGCAACGAUGUAUUUACGUGCAGAAAGAGAGAGGAGAUACGAGUAUUUGUUUGUUUGUUUGUAUUUUGAUUUUCGGUUUACGAUCGAUAGACAUUUACAAUUCUAGGCUAGUAAGCAAACGAAACUAUAUAUUUUUUUUGUCUAGUAUUACUUAACGUAUAGCAUAUAUUACCUAGUAUGUUGGUGUGAGCCAGUCAAAAACACAUUUUUUUACUAGUUAUACGGCGUCUAGUUGACUAAGUUACAGCAAUGACACAAGCGGAUGGCAGACACAAAAACACGACAAAAUAUUGAGAAAACACAACAAGCAAUCGGCUUAAGUUGAGUAGUUUUAAUAAGUAUGACAAAAAUCUAUGAAAAAAAAAAAAAAAUAUAUACAAAAAAAAUAAAUAAAUAAAUAAAUUAAUAUAAUAUGACAAGUUAGUGUUUAUAAAACGCAAUAAGCAGUUAAGAAACAUAAAAAUAAAUAAAUAAAUAAAAUAAAAUAACUUACUGAAAAGCAUUGAAAUAAUAACAACAAUAAUGAUAAUGUAGCAAAAGUUCUCACAAAAAUAAAUAGACACAAAAUCAAAGCAAGAGGAACGCUUGAAAGUGAAACGAACCGAAAGGAAAUGAAGUGUGAAACAAGUGAACAUGGAAACCUAACAAACGAAGAAACCAAGUGGCCAAAUGUAUGAACCCGACAAAAGAGAGUUAGAAAGAUAGAAAGAUAGAGAGAGAAAGAGAGAGAGGAGCGAACAACAGAAGCGAGAAGCCAAUUUUUUAAAUACUUAUACAUAUACACACAUAUAUAUAUAUAUACAUAUAUAUAUAUAUAUAUAUAUUUACAUACAUGCAAUGCUUCAACAAACAUGCUUGAGCUAGUGACGUCACAACUGACACUGCGAACGAAGUCACAAGAGCAACUGCUGAUGGAGGACAAAUGCCUAGGCAAUAGAUGCGAAGCGAGCAGCAAGAGGGCAAGAGGUUCGCGAUAUUUUAGUAACACAAAAACGAAAACAAAACAAAAGAAUCAACUAGUUCAAGAUUGAAACUAACUCAAAAUGAUAAACUCAAGCUAAAGAGUAAACGAAACAAACGACACACAACUAAACAUUUAUCAACACUGCUAAAAGCUAAUUAUGAAUACUUAACAAAUUACAAAUAUUGAAUACGCAACUUAGCUGAACUGGCCAAGGAUAAAACACAAAGAUUACGCAUACGCCACGUAGCCACAGCACAGAAAACACACACACGCACACACACACACAAACGAGCAACCCCUGAAAUUGUUUCAUUCUCCUCUUUGCCAUUUUACAACACUUUUGAUUGCGUCCAAGCGAGCUAUAAAUUUUGUUUGCU